ACUAUUUAACUUUUGGGAAUGGUUGGAAUUAAAUCCUGUUUUAUCGUAAGAUUGUUUCUUAGCUUUCAAUCAGAGAUUGCUCAUACAGAGGGAAAUCGAAGGAGGUUACGCACAUUACCUCAAGAACGAGGGAUGCUUUUUUGCUUUUGUAUGAAUUAUGACCAUGUUGUUGUUGGUUUCACUUUCACUCACCGUUAACGAUAGACGACAGUGUUCUUGUGCUCUGGUGUGUAAGUUCUUUUUUAGAUUAUAUAUAUUAUAUAUACAGCAGUGCUUAGUGCGCAUUCCUGACCUUUAUGCUUACGUGUACCUGCAAGCAUCCUUUAGUGCUCACGUGUAAGCAGGGGUGCGCAAUUGCGCAGAGGCGUUCGUUAGUAUUUCGCGCUUAUUUUUUGUUCAAGUUUCAACCGCUUUCGUCGUCCACUUCAGGGAGUUUAAAAAAUGAUCUAAAUCAGAAAUUUGAACUCCUCUGCGGUAUCGUGAAUCGUGAGCUUAUCAUUGUUGAUGGAUUUGCGAAAUCGGCUCUCGCACUCUCUUUUCCUCUGCAAAACCGCUUCCAUAAAUUGUCUGAAACCGUUUUACAAAUCCAAGCGACGAAUGAUAAGCUUAUUGAUGAUUCCGAGCUCUGCAAAACCGCUUUUGACAUUUCUUCCCCGAAAUUCAGCUCUGCUUCCUCUUUGUUUGAAGUGAAGCCACUGACAGUUGAGAAGAGUCUGACACUGGUUAUUUGUUUUCUUUUUUUUUCUUUUUAUUUGAUUCUUUCUUUCCGAUCCGGUUUGAGUGGUGCGGAAGCAAAACACCUUUGCUGCUCUGUUGUUUCUCGUCCACCGAGGUUUGGGAGAAACUUGCACAGCUUUGACGACCAAUUAGGGUUUGGCGUCACUGCAAGUGGGGAGGAAGCUGUUGUUCUUCACGGAGAGCGCGAAUAGACCGAAGACUGAAAGGAAGUUCGAGCGUGUGUUGUCUCGUGAGACUCGUGAAGAUGCCUCACCGGACUACCUAUUUCUUUCCGAGGCAAUUUCCAAUACAAGGAAAUGAUGCUUCGUUCAAGCUGUUACACCCGGAUCACGAGAAUAAGGAUUCGAAAGGAGCUGGUAAUGUCGAAAAUGACGGAAAAGAUCAGAAGUUCGCCAAGGAGACCAAAAUUGGCAAGAAUCUAGCUGCGCCAGAUCUUUUCACGGGCGGAAGUCUUAAAUUUGGGAAGCAACUUGCGGCUUUCGGCGAUUGGUUGGCUGAUAGAAAGGUAGAUCGUGCCGUUCACGAGAACCCGAAAUCUUGCGAUGAGGACAGGCGGCUCUUGCUUCAACCGGAGCAACCGCCGGAGACGAUCGUCAUCCAGGAUCUGGUUCCUGGCCGGCAGGUGUUGUCACGUCGGCUGUCGAGUGAUAGUAGUUAUUCCGGAAUCCUGUUCUCCGGGGCCACUGUUGACGAGAAUGUCUCCACGGAUGCAAAGGAGUCGCAGCUGUCAAGCAGGCAGGAGGACGACGAGGAAACCAGAGAGGUUUUAGCACAAAAGUCACGGGAAAGCUACUAUUUGCAGCUUUCGCUCGCUGUUCGGCUCACGUCUCAAGCAUCUCUGGCUGACGGACCCGUGUUUAUUCAAGAUACAGAGACCGCCGGCUUUUCUUCUGAUAUGGAGGCCGUUUCUUAUCGCCUCUGGGUAAGUGGAUGUUUAUCUUAUUCCGACAAGAUAUCAGAUGGGUUUUAUAACAUUCUGGGGAUGGAUCCGUAUUUGUGGGUGAUGUGCAAUAAGUUGGAGGAAGGUAAAAGGCUACCAUCUUUGGUUUCGCUUAAAGCUAUUGAUCCUAGCGAUUCAUCAAUGGAGGUUGUGCUUGUUGAUACACGUGGAGAUUCACGCCUCAAGGAGCUUGAGGACAAAGCACAAGAACUUUAUUAUGCUUCAGGCAACACCUUACUAUUGGCAAAGAAGCUUGGAAGACUUGUUUCUUUCUACAUGGGGGGUGCUUUUCCAAUGGAGCGGGGUGAUCUUCACAUGCACUGGAAAUUGAUUAGCAAGGGAUUGAGGGAUUACCAAAGGUGUAUUCUGCUCCCGAUUGGCAGCCUAUCUAUGGGACUCUGUAGGCAUCGAGCUAUUCUUUUCAAGAAAUUGGCUGAUUAUGUUGGCCUGCCUUGUCGAAUAGCCCGUGGUUGCAAAUAUUGUGUAGCAGAUCAUCGGUCUUCUUGUCUUGUAAAAAUUGGGGAUGAUAGGCAAUCAUCAAGGGAAUAUGUAGUUGAUCUAGUUGGAGAACCAGGAAAUGUUCAUGGUCCAGAUUCCUCAAUUAAUGGAACUUUACUUUCGCCAGUGCCUUCACCAUUCCAAAUUUCUCCUAAAAAAUUUUUCCAACAAUCAAUUAUCAAUAAAACCUCCUGUAGACAAAUUCUAAACCUGGAGAGCAUCUGCAAUCUUCCCAAAGAUUCUCGAAGUUCAGAAAAUCCACUUCCAGUUAAUAACUAUGGAGAUAGGCCUCCAACAUGCUUGGAUAAAGAAGUCCAAUCAAUUCAUAGCAGUAAAUUCGUUGAGGAUUUGAAGCUUUCCAUAUGUGUACUGGGUGAUGAAGCUUGUGAAAGAUCGGAAUCAUCAGCAAUGCCUUUGGAGUUCAAAGAUAACAGUAAUAGUUGCAUUGAAAGCCAGGCACUGCUGCCUUCUAUACAGCACUGUGCAUCAGAAACUCUGGAUGCUGUUCCAGGAAUGUCAGUACAUGGACGUUCUAGACUAGAUGGAGACAAAUCUCCCGUUCAAGAAUCUUACAGGAAAGAGUUGGUUGCAUAUGAAACUCCUAUGAACAAUGCAAUAAAGCAACCUAAACUUGAGGGGUGUAGUCAAAUGGAAUUGUCAGAAACUGAAAGCAGACCUGAGAAUCAAGGUGGUAUUGCUACUACCACUAUCCCAAGAUAUUUGAAUCUUGAACCUUCUCUUGCAAUGGACUGGCUUGAGAUAUCAUGGGAUGAAUUACAGAUAAAGGAGCGUGUUGGUGCUGGUUCAUUUGGAACAGUGCAUCGUGCUGAAUGGCAUGGAUCGGACGUUGCUGUGAAGGUUCUAUCGAUUCAAGAUUUUCACGAUGAUCAAUUGAAGGAGUUCCUGAGAGAGGUAGCGAUAAUGAAACGUAUUCGCCAUCCAAAUGUAGUUCUUUUCAUGGGUGCAGUUACAAAGCGUCCACAUCUUUCAAUAGUGACAGAAUACUUGCCUAGGGGUAGCCUUUACCGUCUUAUACACAGGGCAGCUGCUGGAGAAAUCUUGGAUAAAAAGAGGAGGUUACGUAUGGCAUUGGAUGUGGCUAAAGGUAUCAAUUAUCUACAUCGUCUAAAUCCUCCAAUAGUUCACUGGGAUCUUAAAUCUCCUAAUUUGCUGGUUGACAAGAAUUGGACAGUUAAGGUAUGUGAUUUUGGGCUAUCGAGGUUUAAGGCAAACACUUUCAUAUCAUCAAAGUCUGUUGCUGGCACGCCUGAGUGGAUGGCUCCAGAAUUUCUUCGUGGAGAGCCCUCAAAUGAGAAAUCUGAUGUUUACAGUUUUGGAGUGAUUUUAUGGGAGCUUGUCACCAUGCAACAACCUUGGAAUGGACUCAGUCCGGCACAGGUGGUUGGCGCUGUUGCUUUCCAGAACAGAAGACUUACUAUCCCUCAGAAUACUUGUCUUAUGUUGGCAUCCCUCAUAGAGUCGUGUUGGGCUGAUGACCCUAAGCAGCGACCAUCUUUUGCAAGCAUCGUUGAAACGUUGAAGAAGUUGCUGAAGUCUCCACUGCAGUUGGUACAGAUGGGGGCCCAGUGAGAAGUCACAUGAAGUGUUUCACUUUGUAAAGAUAAGUAAAAACCUAGAGUAGUUGAAUUUGCUAAUUUCUGUGGGUUGAUUUUGGGGGUUAAAUUAACUAGGACUACCUUAAAUGGGGGUAUCUUCUCUCUAUACACCGAAGGGUCUUACUACCACCCCUCUAUGGGUUUCGGGUUCCCCUGGUUUUGUUGGUUAUUAUGAAGCAGUUAACCUUAUGCAGUCUCUAAUUCAGAGCGGAGCCUCUUCUUAUCUCCCAGGAUUUUUGAUAGGGAGAUGAGUCUAUAUAGUUGCACCCGUUUCUGCUUCCUGGUGACGCAAUAUAUGAUAUCAGCUAACUAUUUUUUCUUGCCAGUUCUGAAGUGCAAGGAAAUGUUGUUCUCUUUCAAUAAUACUUCACCAUUCAGUGAAUGCCCUUCGUGUGCGUGUGUAAUCACAGGGUGUGCUAACGUGUCUGAGCUUGAUGUCACUGAAGGACAAAUACAGUUGAGCUUUUGCUCGUGUAUAUCCUUCUGUACAUGGAAGCCUGGUUUCUCUUUAGUCUUUACCUUGUGUUCUUUUGACAGUAUUAACUGGGAUUGAAUGUAAAAGAAGAUAAAAAAAAAGAAAUUUCUU